AUGGAUGUUGUGGAGAUGGUGAGAUACAUGUCUGUAGUGAUUGGCAGACCUGUUGAUCCAGUGAAGCUGUUUGAUAAUGGUGAAUACAUGGAUGAUAUACUCUCACAACUUCUUUGUCUCUUCUACGAUAUAAAGCUGAAGAAGCCCUGGAAGCACGAAUUUAUCACAUUUACGAUAUUAACAGCCAGGAAAUUAGGAUUCGAGGGCCAUUUUACUUUGAAUGAUUUUAGUGAACAGAGAGAACGGAGUAGAUGGGUACCCUUUCUCUCGGUUUUCGUCUCGUGGUUCGACUGUGAUUUUACAGAAGUUCUCGAGGUGGUUGAUUCAUCAAGCGAAAGUAGGAAUAUGUAUAAGGAAUUAUUGGAAUCGAAUAGAACUCGAGAGUGUGAGCUACAGCGUCUCCAAGAAGCAGAGUGUGAGAGGCGCGAGAGAAUCAAAGGUCUUGAGGCAGAAUUGUGCCGCUUCAAGUCAUGCUAUGCUGAGAAGAAUGCUAUGGCUGCAUCUAGAGAAGAUCUCUACCGAUCAUUGGUUUCUUCAUGUGAAGAGAAAAAGCAUCAGAUAGAAUCAUAUAAAGAUAAACUUCAACGCGUCAAUGAAGAUUAUGAAAGUCUACAAUAUUCAUUGAUAGACAAUUGUGAAUCAUUACCAAAAUUAAUAUCAGAAAUAGAAAUUCAGUUGGAUAAUGUUGAAUCAGAUAUUCAUGGAAGAUUUGAAGCACUGAAUAGAAUUUCGGAUCUCUCAUCAGUGCUUCAAAAAUAUUUACAUUUAAUAACUACAGAAUUUAAACCAAAAUUUGAUCAAGUGUAUGCAUUAAUGAAUAAAUUAGAUGGAAUUACAAAUGACGAGAAGGAAUAUGCAGGAAAGGUGGAUUUACUAAACAAAGAUAAUAAGAAAAUGCAGGCGGCAGUGGAAGAAGUAGAUGCACAGUUCGCUGAAUAUCACUCACAUACAGUGAGAAGGAGGUUGUUAUUGAAUAACAGGAAGAAGGCGUAUGAAUCUGAUAAUGAAGAAAGAUCAAAAAAGAUUAAUUCCUUUGAAGCUGAAGAAGAAGCUUUGGCGAAACAAUUGUCUGGUAUUACUCGAUGCAUCUCAUGCACAAUGAAACAGAUAGACGAAGAAGAGAAGGAACUUCAGGAGGUUUCAAAAUGUCAAAUAUCCUUUGAACAACUGAACAAAAUAGAAUCAUAUAAAGAUAAACUUCAACGCGUCAAUGAAGAUUAUGAAAGUCUACAAUAUUCAUUGAUAGACAAUUGUGAAUCAUUACCAAAAUUAAUAUCAGAAAUAGAAAUUCAGUUGGAUAAUGUUGAAUCAGAUAUUCAUGGAAGAUUUGAAGCACUGAAUAGAAUUUCGGAUCUCUCAUCAGUGCUUCAAAAAUAUUUACAUUUAAUAACUACAGAAUUUAAACCAAAAUUUGAUCAAGUGUAUGCAUUAAUGAAUAAAUUAGAUGGAAUUACAAAUGACGAGAAGGAAUAUGCAGGAAAGGUGGAUUUACUAAACAAAGAUAAUAAGAAAAUGCAGGCGGCAGUGGAAGAAGUAGAUGCACAGUUCGCUGAAUAUCACUCACAUACAGUGAGAAGGAGGUUGUUAUUGAAUAACAGGAAGAAGGCAUAUGAAUCUGAUAAUGAAGAAAGAUCAAAAAAGAUUAAUUCCUUUGAAGCUGAAGAAGAAGCUUUGGCGAAACAAUUGUCUGGUAUUACUCGAUGCAUCUCAUGCACAAUGAAACAGAUAGACGAAGAAGAGAAGGAACUUCAGGAGGUUUCAAAAUGUCAAAUAUCCUUUGAACAACUGAACAAAGUACUACUUGAUUUAAACCAAAUUGUAGAGAGAACUUCUUUUUCUUCGUCAUCUGUCUGA